AUUCCAGCCCCUUGUGCCAAAAAAGGAAAGGGCAAUUUCAGAAACAGGGGUCAAACAUCUUUUCCCCCCUCAUGGGACCACGUAUUUUCCGCCUGCACAGCCAUUAGGCAGCAGAUGGCGCCUGAGAACAGAAGGCAGAGGCUCCACCACUCCUCCCAGUACCCAGAUGGGCUUCACUGGUGCCUUUGAACUGUCAAGAAGCCUUGCUGGUCUCCGAACAGCUUGGGCAAAGCCCAAGAAGUGACCGCAAGCAGUCAGGGGGACACCUGGAUCCACCCAAAAAGAAACCCAAAGAUGAGAACCCAAGUCCUUUGCUUGCUUGUAUUGAUUUUGGAAGUGCCUCACAAAAUCUGAAGCUAGGUCCCCCUAAGCUUACACAAUGCAUGCAAAUACAAUAAAACGCUGCACAUUUCAAGUUGCGUUAACCAGCUGCCCGUGGUCCACAUCUUGGGUGUUUGGGUACAUAAAGCUCCAACAAGAGAGACCUUAGUAGAGUGCAAAAAUGGGAGGGAAAAGUCAAUGGCUAGAACUCCCAUAUGGUAGCAUGGGAAGGGCCUACAGGGGCCAUCUAGCCUGACCCCAUUUCAGCCCUCCGUCUUUUUGCUCCUCUCUUGGAAUUUAAUUUAAAAACAAGUUCCAGAAAUGGGAUGGUAUGUGUUGCAAAAGAUAAACUAUCCCCAAAGUCUUAUUUUAUGAAAGGUAGUUUUGCAAUGGUUCCCUUCUGCCUCAUGGAGAACUUUGCUAGAUGUUUGCAUUUUUAACCUGUCUGAAGAAUUGCACAGUCCUGGACAUCUACGCUCCUCAUUUUUUCUCAAAUCAACACACUGAGGUAAGUUAGACUUGAAAGAGACUAGUCCAAAAUUUAUCCCAUGAGCUUCAUAAGCCAGAGUUGGGUCUCUGAAGCUCCUCCACACUGUUUUGGACGAGAUGAGCCUCAGGGUCCCUUCCAACUACAAUUCUAUGAAUUUGUCUGGGGCAAGGGUCGGCAAGGUUUACCUCGCCUGGGCCAGUUCACUCCAGCAGAGAUCCCUUUGUGGGCCAGAUUGCACGCAUGCCUGCAAUUUCUGGCAUCUACGCAGAUGCGAUUUCCAGAGUCUGCAUGUGCAGACAUGAUUUCCAGUGCUGCGGAAGUGAGUCCCUGUGCUGUGCUGCGCCAGUUUAGUGCAGCGUGCAGGGACUCUCCAAGCGGGUGCCUCGGUUCGGGGGCGGCUCGAGGGCCAGUUAAACAACUCCCGUGGGCCACUUGUGGCCCAUGGGCCUUAGGUUGCCUACCCCUGGUCUGGGGUAAAGGUAAAGGGGCCCCUGACCAUUAGGUCCAGUCGUGGACGUCUUAGGUUGCAGCGCUCAUCUCGCUUCAUUGGCCGAGGGAGCCGGCGUACAGCUUCCGGGUCUUGUGGCCAGCAUGACUAAGCCGCUUCUGGCGAACAAGAGCAGCGCACGGAAAUGCAGUUUACCUUCCCGCUGGAGGGGUACCUAUUUAUCUACUUGCACUUUGCACUUUAUCUACUUGCCCUUUGGUCUGGGGUAUAAAGGCCUAAAAAGCAUUUCAUAGUUCUAGUUACAGGUAGGUAGCCGUGUUUGUCUGAUGUGUGCAUGGUAUCUGAAGAAGUGUGCAUGCACACAAAAGCUCAUACCAAUGACGAAACUUAGUUGGUCUACUACUGGAAUGAUUUUUUUUUGUUUUAAAAAGCAUUUGUUAGGCAUGCAAUUCCCAUCCUGGCUGAUAGGUGGCACCAGUGUUCCACAGCUAAUUACUUAGAUGGGAGAAAAGGAGAAUGCAAGAACCCUCUGAAAAUGAGCUGCGGUUCCGGCAGUACAAAAACCAGAGAUCCACCCAGAUGGGGUAGCUGUUCCUUAUGGGCAUCGCAGAUGAGCAGCUCCCCCCGCUGCAGGAGGAGGACUGAACCGCGGGGCUGAGCGAUGGCCAGUUUCCUCCAGCUCCUGCUGGCCUGGUUGGGAGGCUGCGGCUGCGCAGGCCGCCUCAUGCCGCCCAGCCAGGGUGCCAGAGCUGGGUCCCCGCGGGGGAACGUGUCUCAGCGCUGGGAGCGCCCGCUGCUGAGGUCCCGCCGCAGCUGGGUCUGGAACCAGUUCUUCGUCAUCGAGGAGUACGCCGGGCCGGAGCCCGUCCUCAUCGGAAGGCUUCACACCGACGUGGACCGGGGCGAGGGCCGCAUCAAGUACGUCUUAACCGGAGAGGGGGCCGGCACGGUCUUCGUGAUCGAUGAGAAAACGGGCAACAUCCACGUCACCAAAACCUUGGACCGGGAGGAGAAAUCCCAGUAUACGUUGCUGGCCCAGGCUGUGGAUCGGGCCUCUAACCGGCCUUUGGAGCCGCCGUCUGAGUUCAUCAUCAAAGUCCAAGACAUCAACGACAACCCGCCGGUCUUCCUCCAUGGCCCCUACCACGCUACUGUGCCUGAAAUGAGCAACGUGGGUACGUCCGUGAUUCAGGUGACGGCCCACGAUGCGGAUGACCCGGCCUACGGGAACAGUGCCAGGCUGGUCUAUACGGUACUCGAGGGGUUGCCAUUCUUCUCCGUCGACCCCCAGACGGGUGUGAUCCGGACAGCGACCCCCAACAUGGACCGGGAAACCCAGCAAGAAUUCCUUGUGGUGGUUCAGGCCAAGGACAUGGGGGGGCAUGCUGGGGGUCUCUCAGGAAGCACGACCGUCACUGUCACACUGAGCGACGUCAACGAUAACCCGCCUCGCUUCCCUCAGAGCUCUUACCAGUUUUCCGUGGUAGAGACUGCACCUCCCGGCUCUGCCGUGGGGCGGCUGCGAGCGCACGACCCCGACGAAGGGGAGAAUGCUCUGCUGGCCUACAGCAUUCUCGAUGGAGGAGAUGGAGCAGAAGCCUUUGCUAUCCACACCGAUGCGCUGGGACAGGACGGGAUCAUCACAGUGAAAAAGCCCCUCGACUUCGAAUCGCGCCACUCGUACACCUUCCGCGUGGAAGCCACCAACACGCUCAUCGACCCCCAGUACAUCCGCAAAGGUCCCUUCAAAGACAUGGCCACCGUCCGCAUCACGGUGGAGGACGCCGACGAGCCCCCGGCGUUCUCCCGCUCCGACUACCACCUCGCCGUGUACGAGAACAGCCCCCCGGGGACCCUGCUGGGCAAGGUGACAGCCGUGGACCUCGACUCCCCCAGCAGCGCCAUCCGAUACUCCAUCCUGCCGCACACGGACCCCGAGCGCUAUUUCAGCAUCAACCCUCAGGACGGGACGAUCCUGACCUCUGUGCCUCUCGACCGGGAGCUCUUGCCCUGGCAUAACAUGACCGUGGUGGCAACGGAACUUGACAGCCCCACACAGGCCUCCCACGUCCAAGUGGCCGUCCAGAUUCUGGAUGUCAACGACAACCCACCCCAGCUGGAGCACAGCUACGAGCCGUUUGUCUGUGACAAUGCCGCCCCCGGCCACUUGGUGCAGCUGAUCCGAGCGGUGGAUCGAGACGAGGAUGGGAACGUGAGCCGCAUCAUAAUCCGCUCCCCGCUUGGGGCCAGGGACCCAAACGUCACUGUGCGAGACAACAAGGAUAACUCUGCCUCCUUGCUACUUCGUGCUUCCCGCCUGCCAACACAAGGCGGGUCCCUGCUGGUGCCGCUGGAACUGGUGGACGGGGGCUCCCCCACCCGCACAGGCUCCCCCACCCUGACCGUCAGCAUCUGCCGGUGUCGGCGCGAUGGGGCCAUGCACUCCUGCGGAGCCGAGGCCCUGGGGUCCCCGGCAGGCCUCAGCACGGGUGCCCUUCUUGCCAUCCUCGCCUGUGUGGGCACUCUGCUUGCCCUGGUGCUGCUGUUUGUCGCCCUCCGGAGGCAGAAGCAGGCGGCGCUGCUGCCUUUCGAAGAAGAGGACGUCCGCGAGAACAUCAUCACCUACGACGACGAGGGCGGGGGCGAAGAGGACACAGAGGCCUUCGACAUGGCCGCCCUGCAGAACCCCGACGCUGCCCCUCCACCCCCUCAGCAGCGCCGCCUCUUCAGGCGGGACGUGCUACCCCGCCUGCACUUCCCGCCCUCCUUGCCGACCCGCCUGCCCCCUCAGCCCCAUGACGUGGCCAGCUUCCUGGCGGCCCGCCUGAGCGAAGUGGACGCCGACCCCUCCGUCCCUCCCUACGACUCCAUCCAGGUGUACGGCUACGAGGGACAGGGCUCCUCGGCCGGCUCCCUCAGCUCCCCGGGGUCCUCGUGCGCGGGCGACAGCGACGCCGGCGGGUACGAGUACCUGGAAGAAUGGGGGCCACUCUUCCGAACGCUGGCUGAGCUCUACGGCACCCCAGAAGGCCCACCUCCAACCUGAGGGACCUGGAACCGGGGAGGGGUCACAUCCACGGAACAGCGCGGCCCUCCAGCCCUCUCUGUCCCUGUUGUGUUGCUUGUUGCUUUCUCCCUUUUGGUUCGCUCUCGGUUUCAGCUUGUCUCCUAGACAUCUCCUGUCCUUGUUUGCGUCGCCUCCCUGUAGGCCUGGGCGGCUGGCCUGUGGCCUUCCAGAUGUUUCUGAGUCAUAUCAGUCCCACCCGGCAUGGCGGGCAGUCAGGGAUGAUGGGGGGGGGCUGUGGUCGUGCAACAUCUGCAGGGCCACAGGUUAGCCACCCCAAUUAUUCUUUCAUUGCGUCUUUCAUUCUCUAGCGGUUUUCCCGCUCCCCAAAUCUUUCGUGUUUAAAUUGCUUCGAUUUUAUUUCGGAUUCUUCUCUUCCCUUCUUCAUCUACUUUGCACUUCCAGCUUCCACCAUUCCUUACUCUGUUCCUUUAGACGUCCUCGAUUCCCUUCCCAUUUAUGCUACUUUGUCAUUUGUUCAGCCUUUAAACAGAAAUGUUAUGGGUGUGUGGGGUUUUUUUGGUCCCCUCUGUAAUUCGCAUUGUUUUCUCUUCAUUUUGCUGUUACCUGUGCCGUGUUUAUUCUGUUUUUGGUUUCCGUUCUUUUCUUUCCCCCCUUCUCCUGUACAAAAAUAACUCUAUGCAUUCAUUUUCUCCCAGAAUCCUUUGGUACCAAACUCCCUCCCUACCUGGACCCUAACAAUCCAGUCUUGCCAGCAUGGAUUUCCCUCUCAUUCAACUUGCAGCCCCCCCAGCCAGGGCAGGGCUUCUGACCUCACCACCAGCACCCCUGCAUGGGCUCCCGGGAAAAUGCGUGGAGAUGGCAGCGGGGGCGGAGGACGAGAUCUGGCCUCCGCCCUCUGGACAAAGCCCUCCUCUCCUGAUACCACAAAGAGACUUUCUAUAGCCAGGACAAUUUUAUUCUAGGGAGCUAAGGCAUAAUCGGUGUUGG